AAACAUGAAUACCAGCACUCCAUCAAGCUCAGCUGGUCCAUCGGCUACUAUCAACAGCAGGAAAGAGAGGGGAGCCAUUGCGGCUCAAGCCGUAAGUAGUUCAUGACCAUUCUGAAUCGUCUCUCAAGCUUGUACUUGAAAUUAUUUUCUCCUGAGCCAAAAAUGGCAAACAGUAGCCCCAAUGCAUGAUGCCCAUCCAAGAUCUGCUAGAAACUGACUACGCCUAAUUCUUUCAGUGCGAAAAUUGCCGACAGGUGAGUUGACGACGCCGAGGGUAUCCGAAAAUGCGUAUGAUAGCACACAGCAAUACCAAAGCUGUCGACGACAAGCGCUCAGCAUGAGAAAACAGCGAUGCUCAGAGGAGCGGCCAAAAUGUGCGAGCUGUGUUCGAAUGAAGCUUGAUUGCAAGUAUCGGGAGCCACAGCCGACAAAAAAAGAUAAAACUUUGGUAGAGAUACUGGACCGCUUAAAAAGCCUCGAAAGAAAAGUCGACGAAUUGAGUAUCAGGGGCACGGCACCAUCUUCGCAAUUCGAACCAUUACCAAGACAUCCGCACCAAACCCACGGCUCCGACUCGCUUUCAGCCGAACCAAGUCGGUCCAAUUCAUGGCCUCCUACUAGUACUGCCAACCCACACGCUUCACUUCGUCGAAACACUUCGAGCAAGUCACACUACGAAUAUGUAUCUGGUGCGUACAAAAUGCUCACCUGGCCCUUCGUGCAGCGGUUGUUCGAAACAAUGCAGUUUGACUCUUCGCAAAUCAAUUUCGCAUCGCUGCAGAAAGACGGGCUCGCCAUAAUGAUGGGAUUGAGGCCUGGUCCGCCGCCAUUAUCUACUGAUACCUUUGGUACGCAAAUAUUGGAGAGCCUGGGUCCCUCAAUUUCUGGCCACCAGGAAAUGACCUUUGGCCCGAUUGACCUCAGCUGGGAAACCAUCAGCCGCCAGAGCAAAGCUUACUUUGAUACUUUUAACCUGUUGUACCCCGUCGUCGAUCGGCAGUCCUUCCAGACACGAAUACUUCCAAUGGUCACAAAUCAUGGCUUCGACGAGGGCAUGGAAUCAACACUAGCACUCUUGGUGCUAUCACUUGGUGAAGUCGCCAUAGCUGGCACUGAAGGUGAACCUCUGGUGAUUUUUCGAGGUCAUCCCAGCGGUGUUAAAGGCGGAUCCCCAGGAAGACCUCCGGGUUCCCAGCUCUUUAACGAAGCCAGAAAACGAAUGGGGUUUAAUCUCACGGACUUCAGCCUUGAAAACGUGCAAUUAUUUGUUCUGGCUUCGCUCUACUACGGCUCGUGUUGUCUUCAUACAGAAUUCUGGCGCAUGACAAGCUCUGCAUCAUUGGCAUGUCAGGCUCUUUUGACGAGCAAUCCGGAGGAACUGAAAUCGCCAAGAGCAGAUCUUGCGCGGAGGCUUUUCUGGCAUUGUCUGAUCAUGGAGACAUUUCUAAAUCUGGAAUUCAAUGUCCCGUCGACGGGUUUACAGCACCUAGAAGACAUCGUUGGACUUCCCGACUUCAGUGCCGGCGAUUUCUCGGAGGAGGACUAUAUCAGCAACCAAGCAUCUCACUUUCAGGAGCAUUUCGCUUCUCAGAUAGCACUGCGAAGGCUAUCAGUCGAAUUCAAUGCAACCUUGAGUAAUGUUAACGACAUGCCAUUUGGAGGGUCGCCCACUCCCGGACCGUUGGAUGGAACGCAGUCCUCCGUCAUAACGACUAUGAAACACCUAGCUGCACAGUUGGAUCAAUGGCGUGGGUUAUUGCCUGCAUAUCUUAGCUGGGCAGAUACACCAUUCGACUCUUUCCUAGGCACAGAUUUGAAUACCUACAACAACCCGGUACACUCUCAGCAAGUAUUAGAUGGACAUUCGCAAGUCAAUUUUAGUUCAGAGCCGAUCAACGAUCCAGCACCCGAUUACCUGUACGCUGAAGACAUCCAGAACGCCAUGCUUCGGACCCGAUAUUUCUAUGUCAAGUUUCUCAUUUUCCGGCCAUUCAUAUACAAAGCAUUACACUAUCCGGAGCAUAUGACACAAGAGGAUGCCGAAGGAGUGGCCAUUUGUUUACAAAGCUCUUUGCUCUGGCCGGUGGCGAUGUCGCCAAUUCGAGAUAAGAAGCGUCUCAUCCCAUGCAUUGUUUUCUGGUCUCAGAAUCUUUUUGGCAUACUGGUCUUGUUACAUCUUUCGCAGCAGGUACCGAUAUUGAUCCGAAUAAGGAAUGAUUUACUAGGUAAUCAAUUUGCUAUCGAUGCCAAGGAAACAAUACGUCUCUAUCUAGACUGGAUUCGAGAUUUGAAAGAUAUUGAUGCGACAGCCUCAUGGUGUUGGGCGAUAGUGGAGGCCCUGUUUCCGCUGGAAACCUGAGAGGGACCAAAAAAAAAAAAAAAAAAAAAAAAGACAAUUGGAGAGUUGCCGUGGCAAGGGGAGUCCUAUAUGUGCAGCGAUGACUAUUUAUCACUAUUACCAAGGUGGCAAUGAUCGGGAGGUCUGCACAGCGAAUUGACCCAUGCUUGGCGUUGUCAGUAUUGAAAGGCGAUCAAGUGCCCAAUAACUUGGCGACGGACCCGAGCACGGCGUGACGCUCGUAAACGAGAUAGUGACAACUGGUAGUCU